AUGGCAGGCCAUAUUUACGAUUAUCUCAUACUCAACGCAUUAUUUGAACUAGCGAAUUUAAGAAUAGCUGAUAUUAUUAAAAGAGAGGGAGGCAAAGUGUCUGUGAAAAGGUUGGCCGAAUUAACUGACACAAAUGAAGAUGUUUUAGGCAGAUUCUUACGAGCGGUAUCAACAAAAGGAAUCUUUUAUAAUCAUGGUGAUGGGGUCUAUUCGAAUAAUCGAAUGUCAUCGGUCUUAAGAGAUGAUCAUCCAAAUAGUGUGAGGUUAAUUAUCGAGAUGGGAAUUGAAGAAUUCUUUAAGGCUUCUAAUAACAUUGGUGUGACGUUUAAAUAUCCAAAUAAAUGGGACGAUAUUGAUGGUGAUGUGGACAAACAUGAGGAUAAAAUAAAAGAAAUUGUCACCCCUUGGAAGAAAACUUUUGGCAUCGAUAUAUGGGAGUAUUAUGCUUUGCUAGAAAACAAAGAUAAAUUAGAAAGACUCAAUUACGCAAUGAUUCACUCGAAUAAGAUCAUUGGUAAUGGUCCUUUUAUUGUUUUAAAAAUAAACUGUGAUUGGAGAUUAAAUGAGAAUUCAACAGUUGUUGAUGUUGGUGGUGGAAAUGGCGGAACCUUCUUUGUGGAUCCACCACCAAUAGCGGACGUUUAUUAUUUAAGAUGGAUUUUACAUGAUAUAUCGGCCGUUAAAAUUCUUAAAAAUCUUCGAUCAGCGAUUUCUCCUUCAGAUGUUCCGACCAAAUUAGUUUUAUUAGAAAUAAUUAUGGACAAACCAAUUCGUGACGAUUUCCUUACUCAAAUGGAUUUAGCGAUGUUAUGCACUGUUUUUGGUAAAGAACGCACAACACAAGAAUUUAUUAAGAUUUUAAAGAAAAGUGGAUGGAAAUAUGUUAAACACGUAAAUUCUAGAGGUUAUAUUAACGCUAUUAAAGCCGUACCUGUCAGAAGGAUGGAUAAAAAUUAUUUUGGCAUACGUGGGAAAGUUAAUGAUCCAUGCCAAUAUAAUUUAUUGGAUUGUCAAGAAUUAGAGAUCUCACGAUUACAAAGUUCAGAAAUAGCGGAAAUUAAAUUAGAUAUAUCAGAGAUUCGAACCGACAUAACAGAGAUGAAAACCGAAAUUUCAGAGCUUAGAACAGACGUAACAGAGAUGAAAUCUGAAAUAUGGGAAGUGAAAACCGAUAUGGAAAAAAUUGUCUAA